AUGACCGGAAACAAACCACAGAAAGAUGACGCUUGGGCGCGGGCCAGUGAGUUCAGCGCAGCGAUGCUCGAUUGCCAGCCCUAUGCCGACGACAGCAUGCUGUUCAUCAUGCGCUAUUCGACAAUUCGCGCUCAGGACUUUUCAGCCAUGAUGUCCACAUUGGACAAGAUGACGAAACUCUGGGGCACACCCGCCGCCGAGGUACCAGGGGGUCCGGAAGCACGCGCACAGAAGGCUGCGGAGUAUCGUGAGGAGUGCAUGAGGUGUCUCGGCGGGUUUCCCGAGCUCCAGACAGACUUUGAUCGCUUUGUCACGUCAUCGAGGGCCAUGGCGAGAGCUGCAAAUGGUGGGCAGGUGUAG